AUGCAAUUGCGGAAUUUACUUGGAAUCGUGCUGGGAUGUGUGCUCCUGGGCGGCGGCUAUUGUUCCACAAAUGUGCCACAAAAUGUGCUGCUUCUCGUCGCCGACGACGCCGGCUUCGAGAUGGGCGCCUAUCUGAACAAGUACUGCCAGACGCCGAAUUUGGAUGCGUUGGCACGCAACGGAUUGCUGUUCAACAACGCGUUUAGCUCGGUGAGCAGCUGCAGUCCGAGUCGCGCCCAGCUGCUCACCGGGCAGGCGAGCCAUGCCAGCGGCAUGUACGGGCUGCAUCAGGGCGUGCACAACUUUAAUGUGCUGCCCGAGGUGAGUUCGUUGCCGAAUGUGCUGCGGGCUCAGAGCGAGGGACGCAUCUUGAGCGGCAUUAUUGGCAAGAAGCAUGUGGGCGCCGGCUCCAACUUUCGCUUUGACUUUGAGCAGACGGAGGAGCAGCAUUCGAUCAACCAGAUCGGACGCAACAUAACCAAAAUCAAGGAAUAUGCGCGAAAGUUUCUGGCACGGGCCAAGAGCGAAGCGAGACCCUUCUUUUUGUUGAUCGGCUUCCAUGAUCCGCAUCGCUGUGGACACAUUACGCCGCAGUACGGCGAGUUCUGCGAGCGCUGGGGCAGCGGGGAGGAGGGCAUGGGCACGAUACCCGACUGGAAGCCCAUCUACUAUGACUGGCGCAAUUUGGAGGUGCCCGCCUGGCUGCCCGACACGGAUGUGGUGCGACAGGAGCUGGCCGCGCAGUACAUGACCAUCUCGCGUUUGGAUCAGGGCGUGGGAUUGUUGCUGCACGAGCUGCAGGCAGCGGGAUUGGCGGAGGAAACUCUUGUAAUCUACACCUCGGAUAAUGGGCCACCUUUCCCGGGCGGACGCACUAAUCUUUACGAGCAUGGCAUUCGCGCGCCGCUGAUUCUCAGCUCGCCGCAGCCGGACGCUCGACGUCGUGAGACAAGCGCCGCCAUGGCCAGUCUCCUGGACAUAUAUCCCAGUGUCUUGGAUGCCUUCCAGCUGCCGCCGCCAAAUGGGACACGCUUCAGCGGCCAGUCGCUGUUGCCCGUGCUGCACAAGGAACCGGAGCCAGUGGAGAGCGACGCGAUCUUCGGCAGUCAGAGCUACCACGAGGUGACCAUGGCCUAUCCCAUGCGCAUGGUGCGCAACCGACGCUACAAGCUCAUCCACAAUCUCAACUACUGGGCCGAUUUCCCGAUCGAUCAGGAUUUCUACACAUCGCCCACAUUCCAGCAGAUACUCAAUGCAACCAUCCGAAAGCAGCCGUUGCCCUGGUACCGCACGCUCCGGCAGUAUUACCAGCGGCCCGAAUGGGAGCUGUACGACAUCAAGGCGGACACCUUGGAGCGCAUCAAUCUGGUGGACAAGCCCAAGUAUAACGCCACCUUGAAGCAGUUGCGCCAGAAGCUCUUCAAGUGGCAGGCGGAGACCGAGGAUCCCUGGCGCUGUGCCCCGCACGCUGUGCUGCAGGAUCAGGGCGUUUUCAAGCAGGACCCCGUGUGCUUGACCCUCGGUCACGAGGCGCUGCAAAGGCCCCAACGUAAGCUGCUCACGCAGUACGAGGAAUAUCUUGUAGUCUAGCUGAGAUUAGGGGUAUUCGAUACGAUCAAGUAUUUUAUGAAUGUUCCAAGUACAUGCUCACUUUUGUAUUUUGUCUUAUCUCAUUUGAACUAAAAAUAAACUUUUGGUGCUGAUAAGCCCA